UGUAUUGUGCUACGACCGACCGACCGAGGAGAUUCAGUAUCUCUGAGCACCGCUCAAUAGCGUUGCCCGAGUCAGUGUACAAUCAAACGUCGGAGGCGACAGUCUGAAUCUUGAACAAAGUGAACGCGAUUUCAGAGAAAUUUUUCUAUCUUUUUUUUUCUUCUUCAAACCAAAACAUCACACAGAGCAAAGAAACGCCAUAACGAUGCCAGUCAAAGUAUCGCAUACCAUUGAUCUUGGUCCUGACCUACCCAAUGAGAUAAUGGAUAUUGCCCGUAAGCAAGGCGAGGAUCCGGAUCGGGUUUGCAGCGAUAUUCAAGAAUUGAGAGACAUGAUUUUUGAACGAGGAGUUUGUCUGCCACCUCGUACCGAUGACGACUUUCUCAUUCGAUUCUUGCGUGCUCGGUUUUUCAAGCUGGAACAUGCAUACAACUUGUUGUGCCGAUAUUGCGAGUUUCGCGAAUCGAACCCAGAAUUGCACGUCGAUGUGCACCCAUUUUUGCUGACCAAGCUCGGUGAAGACGAUAUCGUCUCCGUGACACCUUAUCGCGAUCAAAACGGCCGUCGCAUUAUGAUUUACAAGUUUGGUAACUGGCGACCAUCGAAGAUUCCCGUUGAUGACAUCUUCAAAGCUUCACUAAUUCUAUUAGAAAUGGGCGCACUAGAGCCGCAAUCGCAGGUUAUGGGUGGUGUUGGCAUUUUCGAUCUCGAAGGAUUGUCUCUGCAGCAUAUUUGGAAUUUGUCACCAUCUGUGGCAAAGAAAAUUAUCAGCUUGAUGGUGACUUGUAUGCCAGUUCGAACCACUGCUAUUCACAUUAUCAACAACAAUUGGGCUUUUGACAUGGCAUGGCAAGUAUUCAAGCCAUUUUUGAGUGACAGAAUGCGUAAGCAAAUCUACAUUCACGGAUCGGACAUGGAUUCAUUACACCAGCACAUCGAUAAAGCAAAUUUGCCAAUGAAAUACGGUGGUGAAAUGCCAGAAUUCCCAUACACGGCUUGGAUGGAAAAUCUCGCCAAAAAUGACAAAGUAAUGGAAGAAAUGAAACGUCUUGGCUAUGAAUUUGAUCCAGAAGAGUUCAGUAUCUUCAUCUAAAAUCCCAACGAUAUCCAUUUUCCUCAAA